UCAGAGGAGUUUAAACUGAGGCAGCUGUGAGGGAGCGCAGCAGACGCACUGAUUCCUUCAACAUGAAGCCUGCUCUGGUGGUGUUGGCGUUGUCAUUGCUGGCCACAGUGGAAGCUCAGAAUCAUGAUCAUCAUGACAUGGCGUGGGUCAAUGGCUACCGCCAGAGCUUCAACUUCCAGUGUGCCCACGGAGAGGUCGUGGUGGCCAUCAGGAGCUAUUUCAGCGAGGCCGACGGCUCCGAUCGCCUGUGGACGUUUGAGUGCCAGCCCACACCUGAGGGUCUGGGGGAGCCCAGUGACUGCUGGUGGGAUGACAUCAACCGCGCUGGAAUGGAGUGGACUUCAACUUGUACCCGUAACGGCCUGGUCGCAGGUGUACAAAGCAAGUACUUUGAAUCUGUUCUGGACCGGGAGUGGCAGUUCUACUGCUGUUAUUACAAACGCCGCUGUCCUUACUCCUGCAUGAAGACCACUGACAUUCCCGAAUACUACAAAGAGGAGGCAGAGCUGGUGAUCCCUAGUUAUGGCUACUUCAUCCGAGGAGCCCAGACCACCUUCAGUGGAGUGCUAAGAGAUCGGCAGUGGAAGUACAUCCUGUGCAGAAUGACAGACUUUGACUGUGAAUUUGAGAAUUUAUAAACGUGUAAGCAGCAUUUUUACCAAACCAAAAACACUUCCAAUUAAAAUACAUAUUUACUCUUACAUUUAAACAAAAACAUGACACUGACAUUAUACAGAACUGAUAGGGUUCAUGUUUUAAUUCAUGUAUUUACUUUUAAUAAAUGGAUCAACCACAGGCAUGUGAUACGUGCCUGUAUAAUCACAGUUUUUUUUAGUCUAGCAUGCAAAAUGGCUGCUCAUAUAAACUUAACUGUUAAAAUAAACAUCAACACACAGGAGUCUGCAGGGGAUUUGGGCUCCACCAGACGGCUCAAGUGUUUUCAUUUAGUAGCAGAAGGGAACUGUAAGUCCUUUGGCAACACAUGACCACAAUGUUGUUGGGGUCACAUGACAUUGAUGGCCAAAAACAAAACAAAAAAAAAAGAUUCACACCAUUUUCAUGCUCAUAAAAGUAUUCAGUGCGCUGCAGGGUGUGACUGAUCGUAAUAUGGUCUUGGGAAUAACCCUUGGAACAACUGCGUAUGUGUUGGAAGUGAUGAGAGGCUUUUUGAGAAUCACUGGCAACAGGAGCUUUGCAUGCAAUGAAAUGUCUCCCACCUGCUUUCAAUUGACUUCACAUGUCUCCUUUAUUAAAGUGUCUUGUUCAGUUUGGCAAUUACAGCAAUAUACUGAACUGAAACUCAUAUGACUGUGCUCUUCAGAUUACCUUGUUUAAUAUAAAAGGUAGUAUGUUCAUUCAUUCAGGAUUUCUUUUUUUAAUUUGUUGGCAUGUUGCCAAAAAGUCAUUUUGCAUGAUGUAAAAAAAAAAAAAA